UUACACCCAGGGUAGCCGGAGGGAUCGCGCGUAGAAAACCAUCCCAUGUCUGUCUGCCUGCCUUUUACAUAAACUUCGCUUCUAUUGAAAAGCUCCCGAUAUAAGCUUUUUAUCUUACUGUCACUUGGAUUCUGUCUUUCUGUAUCUAAUCGGUACGCGUUUUAUUAAUCACUCAAAAUAGUAUCUUGGUUUUGAAAACCUACUUUUUAAUUUUUAUUUUCUUUACUUUUCCGCUCCAUAAAUACCAGUAAGGGGAUUUGGUCCUGCGCGUUUGUUCCCCAGAAAGAGGACAGCUUGAUAUUAUCAGUAUUGCUUCAUAUAAAAAGGAGACUUGCUGCUUGUUGAAUGCAGGAGGAUAGGUGCCUGGGAAUCUCUCCGAAGUCGGACUUGCUGCCGCACGUUUUCCCUGCUGUGGGGAGAAAAGCGCUGGGAUUGCAUUUAUACCACAACAUGAAAUCCGCUGAAGAAGAUGCUUAUAACUGUGCUCCGAAUGCCAAUAUUUCGCUGCCGUUCGGUGUCGGCAGUUUCCUGCCCACACACAGCCUGCAGUAUCACAGCCUGCAGACCAGUCCCGUCAUCUCCAUGCCGUCAGGCCACCAGACGGGCUACGGCAUCAGCGAAGAUGGCGUGCCCUCGGGGUACUACCUGUCCCCUGCCACCCGUCCCAACGGAGCCCCAACCCUGGAGAGCCCCCGCAUCGAGAUCACGGCCUACGGUCAGUUCACCGAGGACGAGUCCGAGGAGAACGACGUCCCCGUGGGAAAGCGGCUGAACUCGGUGGUGACGCUCACGCUGCCCAGCGCCGACGGCUACCGCGACCCCACCUGCCUGAGCCCCGCAAGCAGCCUGUCGUCCCGGAGCUGCCACUCCGAAGCCUCGUCCUACGAAUCGGGCUUCUCUUACAACUACGACAACUCGCCGGCCACCUCGCCCUGGCAGUCACCCUGCGUGUCUCCCAAAGGCUCCUCCUCGCUGCCCUCCUGCGCCCAGCUGGGAUCUCCGCAGGCCUCGCCCUGCACCUCCCCUCGCGCCAGCGUCACCGACGACAGCUGGAUGGGCCUGCGCGGCUCGCGGCCGACCUCCCCCUGCGGCGGCAAGCGGAAGUACAGCUUCAGCGAGCGGCCGGCGCCAUACUCGCCCAACCGCUCCGCCACGCCCUCGCCGCGGACCUCGCCCCGCGUCAGUGUGACGGACGACUCGUGGCUCCCCAACACCAACCAGUACACCAACUCGGCCAUCGUGGCGGCCAUCAACGCCCUGACCACGGACAGCGCCGUGGAUCUGAGCGAGGGCAUUCCGGUGAAGUCACGCCGUACCAGCCAGGAGCUCUGUGCUGGCAUGAGUCUGAAGGUGGAACCGGGAGAACAGGAGCUCGGCCUGGGAGAGCCUGUCCAGGAUGAUAGCUCCGGGCCCCGCGCACCUUUCAAGAAGGAGAGCUACUGUGGAGGAUUCCUGGACGUGCCUAACCCUUACUCCUGGUCCAAACCCAAGCCUUACAUCAGCCCGAGCCUCCCAGCCCUUGACUGGCAGCUGCCUUCAUGCUCAGGCCCCUACAGCCUCCAGAUCGAAGUGCAGCCGAAAUCGCACCAUCGCGCCCACUAUGAGACGGAGGGUAGUCGCGGGGCGGUAAAGGCAGUGGCCGGGGGCCACCCCGUGGUGCAGCUGCACGGCUGCAUGGAGAGCGAGCCCCUGACGCUGCAGCUGUUCAUUGGCACGGCGGACGAUCGCCUCCUGCGGCCCCAUGCAUUCUACCAGGUGCACCGCAUCACCGGCAAGACCGUGUCCACCGCCAGCCAUGAGGUCAUGCAGUGCAACACGAAGGUGCUGGAGAUUCCCCUGUUACCGGAGAACAGCAUGCGCGCCAUAAUCGACUGUGCCGGGAUCCUGAAGCUGCGCAACUCGGACAUCGAGCUCCGGAAGGGCGAGACGGACAUCGGCCGCAAGAACACUCGCGUGAGGAUGGUGUUCCGCGUGCACAUCGAGCAGCCUGGUGGCAGAACCGUGUCACUGCAGGUCGCUUCCAACCCCAUCGAGUGCUCCCAACGCUCAGCACAGGAGCUGCCGCUGGUGGAGAAGCAGAGCUUGGACAGCUGUCCCACCUCUGGAGGCAAGAAUAUGCUCCUGAGCGGACACAACUUCCAGGCCGACUCGAAAGUGGUGUUUGUGGAGAAGGCCCAAGAUGGUCACCACAUAUGGGAAACUGAGGCCAAAGUUGAGAAGGAUUCCAUCAAAUCGAAUGUGAUGCUGGUUGAACUCCCGCCAUACCGAAAUCAGAGGAUAUCCAGUCCUGUGCAGGUGAACUUCUACGUCUGCAAUGGCAAACGGAAGAGGAGUCAGUUCCAGCGAUUUACAUACCUGCCCACCAAUGUCAAUGAAAUCAUAAGGAACGACCUGUCCAGCAUAUCAGUACAUGGGCAUGCAUAACCACUGCGGGCUCACCAGAGCAGACGCAGACCCAGGAAGGGAAGAAGAUGUGAUCUGGAAGAGUCAAAAAGUGUGUCUUUGUUGACCCCAAGACAAUGGAGGACUGCGUGUGAAGAGACUGUUACGUUCCACGGUAAAUAGCGACUGAAUCUCCAGUCAAAGAGCAGUUUAGUCUGCGGACCAAGAAUCUUCUUUUUUUAUUAUUUUUGCAAAGUCAAUCAUUGUGUGAGAAAGAACAGCAGGAUUCUGGGUGAACCUACCGAGAGGGUCUCCCAGUGAUGCGUGCCUUAGUCUACCAACAAAACAAGGAUGCUGAACCUUUUCAUUUGCAUUAAACUAAAAUGUUUCCUCUUUCAUCGCCAUUCAGAUUAUUGGGUGUUUACAUAAAAACGACAGAAUGUCAUAAGAAGGGUAGAUCAUCGAUAAGCCAAGGCCUCUGAGGCAAAAGAACCUACAGAUUCGCAGAAAAACUGGAAGAAUUUUUUAGUGCCUUAUUUUUGAACACUUUUGUAACACUGUGAUGUAUAUGGCUUGGUUGUAGUGUUUUUAGCUUGCUUGCUGUAUGAAAAUGGGAUGCUUAAACAUUAGACAGCACACAAUUCACCUGUUUUAAGUACAGUACCUAACAGUGUUGUAGACGUCCUGUAAUGUAUACAGAAAAGUAACAGACAUUCUGUGGAAAAUUACAAUCAGCUUAAUUCGACAUUUUAUUUCACAGCAUGCAGAAUAAACGAUUUUUUGUUUUUUUUUUACAAGUUUACAACUGCAUAUAUUUCAGAUUAGUUAAUGUUUUAAUUUUUUAUAUAUAUUGAGGCUAAAGUACAGUUUAUCCAAAGAAUAAUCAGCCCCAAAUGUAUCCUGCCUUUAGAGAUAUUUACAGGGCUUGAACUGGAGAAGUACACAUUCUAGCAAAUCAAUAAACUGUCUUCAUUUAAGCUAAUAAAUACAGUUUUAGUGUCUAAUCCAACAGAUCUGCUGAAGUUCAGCAGAUUAGCCAGAGAAUUUAUGUAAAGCAAUGUUGGAUUCUCGAUGAUCUACUGCUAUCUUAAGCUUUUUACUUUCUUUGCCUUAAUCUUUCUAUCCAGCAGUUCGUUUGUAAAUUUUUACGGUUAUUCUUACCAUUUACAUUAUGCACACACACCUAUAGUUAUUUUUGAUCCGCUCUUCACAUGCUGGUAAGUUAUUCCUGCUUGUACAAAGGGUGCGUGCUCUGUUUGUGAAAGAUUUGUUCCCAAAGUAGAUCUGAAUCACAGAAUGUAGCAUUUUGAAGCUGACUUAUGUAGUUGUAAUUCUCGAGGAGCUUAAUCUAAUGAAGCUAGUCAGUGCUGAGUUACAGCAAAAAAGGAAUUCAGGUAUCCAACUCUAAAGACUGAGGUGGCAUCCAGGUAGCGAUCAGGAAUUUCCCUGUCUUGGCAGAACUCUGCACUGUAAUGGAAUCAAAUAUCCAAAUCUGAUUAAUGCUGCAAACUGACUAAUGUUGUUUGAAGAGCAAUCAGCAAUCAUCACAUCAAGCAGAAAUACUUUUGCGAGUAUUUAUCACUUCAAAGAAAUGGCUUUAUUUUGAGGUUAAUGCUUUCUUAUAUUAAAUCUACCUGUGACACAUUAUGUGUAAUUUGGUGUUUCACAGAGGAAAAUUAGUUAUUCAAAUCUGAUUUUUUUCUCUCCUAAAAUGAUUGUUUUUCUUUAAAACUCAUCGUUUUCUUAAACAAAUUAUGUGCAUUUUCAUGUUUUUGUUUGUUUUUUUUCUGUUUGUUUCGGGUGGGGGGGUGCAACAAGAUAGCAAUAAAUAAUUUGCUCGCAACCAAAGGUUUUUUCCUUUGGGAAGGAAAUAAUUGUUCAAGCUUUAAUUUCUAGCUGUUCUAACCAUUAGCAGUAGCUAUAAUGCCUUUUAAACUAUGUACGCACUUUAAAUAUUGAUAGUAAACUGUCGUUCCUGCAUCCGAUCAAAUGAAUUUUGUCAAAAGAAACACAGAACAUUUGACAAAAGUUAACCACAAAUUUUCUUCUUGUAGAAGAUCAAAGAUCUUCAGCAUAUUAUAAAAUUGUGUGUAUCUCCUUGCCGCAUAUAGAAUCCAACCCUUUUCUAUUAUUAUCUUUCUGUAAUGGCUGAUUAUAUACAGUGUAUCCAGGCUGAAUAGAUGCCUGAUAAUCAUAUAUUGUGCCUUAUCCUUCAUUGUCUGUUUGUCAGGAGUGUUAUUAGCUUUGCUUGUUCAGGCAUAUGGUGAAAUUACGCCUCCUUAAAUAUGAAAUAUUUAUGGGGAUUCAAGAAGUAUUCUACAGGUCUUACGCUCCAUAACAUUAGCAUAUACAACGGCACGUAAGCCAUAUUGUCGAUGUCUGCUAAUGUACUGUGAAAUCGUAACCAAACCGUGAGGGAAGAUUUAACAAAACAAUCUGACACAUUGUUGCCGUUACAACUGGUGCAUGACAUCAAAAGAAGCAAACUCAGCAUGGUUUUGGUGCAAAUGAUUGACAGGAAAAUGUUUUAUUGAUCUAAUGUCCUCCCAGUUAUGUCCUGGAUAAUGUAAUAAAUAAAAUAUACAAUUUAAAAAAUGAAACAAAGACAUUUGAUUUAUUUAAAGUGCUUAAUAUAUUCACAUUGCAUCAGUCUAUUUUCCAUUCCAGCGACAAACUAAACAACCACUUAAAACUUUGUGAAAACUACUCCUUAAAAUUCAUAGAUAAUGAGCAUUACAAAAAAUAAAUAGCAAGUUUCAUACUUGACUUGCUUGCCAUUGUCACGCAGCGAUUUCCCUUCCAAAGCAGUAACUCCUGUUUAUUCUCAGCUAGCCAGGGUGUUUUUCUUUGUUCUUAGUUCACCUACUUAACUUAUCCUGUCUUAAUAUCCCUAAUUUUAACUGAGCCUUCUGCUAUUCUGGAAUGAUUUUGCUAAGAAUUUGACCACCACUGGUCAGAGGGAACCACGAGGACGGGGAGGGGGUGUCAUGGGAGGGGUGUCGGGCUGCUGUCGGCACACGCCGGGCUCCUGUUUGACACCUGCCAGGACCUGCCCACCUUUUCCGCCACCGUGAGCGGUACUGAGUGAGGACAGUGAAGGCAGGGCUGGUCCUGGCUUUUCAAACCGCCCAAAAAUAGCCCUUCUAUUCCGAGCUGCAGUCACGCCUAGUCGUUUUUCAUGACUUCUUUGUCUGUCCCUCCCUUUUUAUUCAGAAUAAUGUUUAAAUGCGAUGGUUACCUCUGUUACAGAUAUGUUUCCAAAUAUGUUUUUGGCAAUACAAUAAAAAAAAUCUGAAAAACAA